CAAUCGCGCAUGGAUAUUACUCACAAUAUGCUACUCUAAAUAAUAGUCUUCCAAUUCCCAUCCAAACUCUAAACAUGUAUCUCACCAUCCUCCUCCCAGCUUUGGCAGCAUUCGCCGCAGCCGAGGCAGACUUGGCAAAGCGACAAGGCUCCACCGUUACGUUCCCGACCUCCAUUACCACCUUCCCGGCCAGCCUACCCUCGGACUAUACGAGCGUGCAACUGUCCACAACUGCCACGGGUGACGGGGAGAGAUGCGUGCUAGACACGACCAACUCGGGCGUGCUCAGUAUCCAGACGCGGACAGAUUGCACCCAGCCUACUGUUAUUAUCAGUGGGACAUCAAAGCCGUCGCACAAUUCUGUGUCGCAUGCUACCACUUCUACUGAAUCUACUACGCUGAGCACAGCUACGGGCACAGGGACGGGCACGCCAGCGAGUGCUACGUCAGCAACCCCAACUGGCGGUGCGAGAAUUGCGUGCUUGGGGGCAGAUGGAGUCACAUUCAUGGUAGUUGGAAUCGCAAUGGCGCUAGGCUUUGGAUGGUGAGGGGCUAUGGAUGACUAUAUCCAUGCUAUUUGGUACAUAGAUGAUAUGCUGGGGAAAUGCGCUACAAGUAGGAGAGGACGAAGAUUGCGUGAGUGCUUACCAAUCGUUUGCCUACGAUUGCUUCUGGUAAUGACGGCUACAAUGGAGCUGAAGAAACCGAACCAUUUACUGUACUUCGUAGGACUCUAUAUGCCCUUGAUAUGACACGGAGAUAUACUUAGAUUCAAUAAAUACCUUUAUCUGAGCUGUACAAGGACAGUGAUACUGGCCAACUACAGUUUCGUCAGAGUUAGAUAACCGUAGAGCCCUUGUAUUCUGGUCAGGAUAUGUACUUAAGUUGAUGCCAGG